CAAAACUCCAAACAAACUUAUUCUUUUCAUUGGAAAAAGGUAUUGGCUAUAAUGUCUAUCAAUUAUCAAGGUCCACAUCCGGUGGAUGUGCCAAUAACUGAUCUAGAUGAUGCAGAAGAUGAUAUAAUAUACAGAGAAAAUCUAGGUAACAACUCAGGCUAUCAGGAUAAUAGUCAGAAUUUUUUGAACAGCAUGGACUACGAGCACCAGGAUAGCCAACAAGGUUUCAUGGGGAAAAUAAGGAAUUAUUUCAACAAUCCAAGAUUGAGUGGAGGUAGAUAUACGUCUGUUGCGUCUACUGAUAGUUUCGAAAUCGAUGAUGACGAUGACGAUGACGAAGUUGCCAAUAGAUUUGCUUUUGAUAUAAGAGACUACAAGAUCAAGAGAUUGAAUGAUAAACUUAAUAAGACAAUUGCUAUUCUAGUGUUUGGCCUUCUGUUGGUUAUUGUUAUUAUAUUUUUCAACAAGUCUUGGUUUACAUCCUCUUCUGUUGAAGAAGAUAAGGAAUAUGCUUCAAUGGCUUCUCAACAUAAAAAGGUUAAACAAGUCCUUUCAAACACAACUCACGACUUCUACCCAACAACAAUAAUUGUAUCCUUAGAUGGGUUCCAUCCACAUUAUAUAAACCCUUAUUUAACUCCUUCUUUGCAUAAUAUGAUGAUUAAUGAUUAUGGUGCCCCAUAUAUGAUUCCUUCGUUCCCAUCGUCAACAUUCCCAAAUCAUUGGACCCUUAUUACAGGACUUCACCCUUCUGAACACGGAAUUGUUGGUAACACUUUCUUUGACCCAGUCUUGAAGAAACAAUUUGUGAAUACUGAUCCUAAAGUUGGUGGUAUUGACCCCGAUUUUUGGCAAGGAGGUGAACCAAUUUGGCAAACUGCUUUUAAGCAGGGAGUAAACUCUGCUGUCCAUAUGUGGCCUGGUAGUGAAGUACCCGGCAUUGGAAUUGCUAAUGGACCCAUGGAGGUUGAUCGUUAUAAUGGCUCUGAACUCUUGUCGUCAAAAGUUGCUCGAGUUAUGGGCUGGCUUGAUCGUGACGAUAUAAAUAAACGUCCUGAACUUAUAUUGACUUAUGUUCCAACCAUUGAUCAGUUUGGUCACAAGUUUGGUAUCAGUGGUAAGAAUUUAACUGAUGCUUUAAAAUACGUGGAUGAUUUCGUUGAUUUGAUGCAAAUGGAGCUUAAAAAUCGUAACUUGAGAGAUGUUGUCAAUUUAGUAAUUGUCAGCGACCACGGAAUGGCUCCAACGUCCAACGAUAGAUUGUUGUUUCUUGAUGACGUUAUUGAUUUGCAAAAAAUUGAACAUAUUGAUGGCUGGCCCUUGUUCGGUUUAAGACCAUAUAAGAAACACUCUCUCGAUGAUAUAUACAAAGAACUAAAAGAAAAAUUUGCAACUCUCAGUCAAGACUUGCAAAAGCAUUAUCACAUCUAUAAAUUAGAAGACUUCCCAAAGCAGUAUAAUUUUGGAGGCUCUAAAAACGAACAUAAAUUCAACUAUAGACUAGCCCCAAUCUGGAUAGUACCCGAUGUUGGGUACUCAAUUACAACUCAUAAACAACACGAAGAAAAUAAUUUCGAUUAUACUCCUAAAGGUGUUCAUGGAUACAAUAAUACUGAAGUGUUGAUGAGAGCUUUGUUCUUGGGGUCUGGUCCUUACUUUGAUAAAAAACUAGGAUCAACAACAAAUACGAAGAUAAAACCCUUCCAAAAUAUUGAAGUUUACAAUUUGCUUUGUGAUUCUUUGAACAUAGCACCUGCACCUAAUAAUGGUUCCGGCUCACCACAAACUUCUAUAAGUAACUUAGUGUCUACUAAGAACUUGUUACCUGAGGAUUGGAGUGACUCCUUGGGUUACCCUAAUGUCCCUUUUGAAAUCGAUCAUAUUGUUAAAGAUGCUACUUACGACUUAUUAUGGAAGAAGCCAGCAGACAGAGCUCAGCCAACAACGAUAUCUGUUAGUACGAAUGAAAAACCAAUGGAAUCGUUAGCAUCUCAAGAGUCAAGUCUCUCAAAUAUAGCCACUGAAAAGUUACCAAAACCCAGUGAUUUUACCACUACAUCUCAUGACGAGAAACCUGAACCAACAUCUAAUCCUCUCAAUAACUUGAUAGGCGAAAUCGAAGAUGCCAUUGACGAUGUUGGCGAUGCUUUAAACGACGUAUUUGAAGACGCGGGAGAUGGCUUGAAUGAUGCAGUAGAUGGCUUGAAUGAUGCAGCUGGUACCACAUCAGAAAAAGUACAUAACUGGAUGGGAAAGCUUUUCGGUGAUGCAUCUGAUGAUGAAAAAAGUUAAAUUGAUAAGUAUUAUAAUAUAUUAAUAUCAUUUAUGACUAUAUAUGUACAUAUUUUCCCCUUUCAACCUCAAUCUUCCCCUAUGCUAUCAGCCAAAUCAUUAGAAAG